CGCGGGGCGCGGCUGCGAGCCCCCGGCCCGGCCCGUCCUGUCCUCUCCUCGGGCGGCCGAGAGGAAGCGCCCCGGGCAGGGACGGGAGAGCGGCGCUGCCGGAGCGGGGGGAGGGAGAGCGGCACCGCGGGGCCAGCCGCGCCGGCAGAGCCGGGGGGAAAGAUGAGCUUGUUGUCAACCAUCGACACCAGCGCCGCGUCCGUGUACCAGCCCGCCCAGCUUCUCAACUGGGUCUAUCUCUCGCUACAAGAUACGCACCAGGCCAGCGCCUUCGAUGCCUUCAGACCCGAGCCCUCCUCCUCCCAGCACCCCGACCUCGGCUACACCAAGAGCACCCCGGAGCUGGGCUCCUCGCUCAGCUCCAGCUAUCUCAACAGCUUCUUCCAGCUCCAGCGGAGCGAGGCUCUGAGCAGCAGUCUGUACAAGAGUGCAUCGCCUUAUGGCUCACUUAAUAACAUUGUGGAUGGGUUAAGCUCCCUCACUGAGCACUUCUCUGACCUAUCCCUUUCUUCAGAAGCCAGAAAACCCAGCAAGAGGCCACCUCCUAACUACCUGUGCCACCUCUGCUUUAACAAGGGACACUACAUCAAAGACUGCCCACAGGCUCGUCCAAAAGGAGAAGGCCUGACACCAUACCAGGGCAAGAAACGCUGCUUUGGUGAAUAUAAGUGCCCCAAAUGCAAGAGAAAAUGGAUGAGUGGAAACUCCUGGGCUAACAUGGGACAAGAAUGUAUCAAGUGCCACAUUAACGUUUAUCCUCACAAACAGAGACCCCUGGAAAAGCCGGACGGGCUGGAUGUUUCAGAUCAGAGCAAAGAGCAUCCUCAGCAUCUGUGUGAGAAGUGCAAAGUUUUGGGCUACUACUGCCGCCGUGUGCAAUAAACCUUCCAAGUGGCCUCUUCCCAUUCCCAUCAUCCUUAAAGAUUCUCUGGCAGCAUGCGAUCCACAGCAACACAACAAAUCAAGAUAAAAGCUAAAAUAAUUGCCAAUAUUGCCUAUCUAAUAAUAUGCCUUACUAUUAAUAGAAUGUAACAUUUCUCCUGUGCAUGUGCACACGUGCAACAGGUAUUUACGGGACUAUGAUCUGUAUACAUAUAUAUGUAAAUGUAUAUAUAUAUGUACACACACAUAUAUAAAGUGUUAUUGAUGGUGUUCACAACAGAACUACGGUUACAGGUUCUGCUGAUUGUUUACACAGACCCUCUAUUACAGCCAGGUGAAAUGAAGUACUAUUCAAAAGGCAAGGUAUAAUAUUCACAAGGAAUAUAUGUUUUACGUAUGGCUUUUGCAGAGGUUCAAUAACUGUGGGGCCACUAAUUCCAAGCACUCACCCACAAUGUCAACAUUGUUCUUAUUAUAUGACAAGACAAAGGAAGAUGAAACAAGCCACAGCAUAAAAGGAGAAUUAUUGUUUCCCCAGUUUUAGAAAGUCUUAGAAUUUUGUGCUGCUGUUUUCUUGGACUUUUUCUUGUUGUUACCAUCUCUUGGGCAAGGCUUAGGCAAAAUCAUUUUUGCAGAACAUGGCAAAAAAAGUGAAUAAUUGUUUGAGGGUGUGAGUUUGGUAGAAAGGGAAUACCAUAAUGGGACCCAGAGCAUUGGGAAGGAUUCCAAGAGGUUUUUGGAGGAGAAGAAAUUGGCUUGCUUGUGCAACAGAUCCUUCUCUUGUCAUAUAAUCCCACUGAAAUGGUCCCUGUGUGUGCAUGGCUUGUUCAUUAGGCCACAAACACACUAAAUUUUCUAUGAACAAGGGGAUAAGAAUACUUAAAACUGUCUCUAAAACCCUUAAUUGAAAGAUUAGCCAAGCUUACUAUUUAUAGUAGUUUUAAAGCCACUUUCUGGAAAUAUUUUUGUCCUGUUUACUGCCAUAGAAAUUUGUUAUAAUAUGAAACUUGUUAGCCAUAGGGGUGUUUUGAGGCAUGGAAAAACUAUAUAACCCUCCCUCUUUCUGUCUUCCUGAAGCACCUACACGGCUGAGGAGAAAUGUAGGAGUUAUAUUUUGUUGUCCCAUUUCGGGUAGAACCUUGUGCAGGGGCAUCCUGCUGCAAAGAAGCAUUUCAUCAGGGAUUGGCAAAUAUGAACUGAAAGUACCUUGAAACAGUAUCCUCUUUGUAUGUCUACAUAAGAGUACAUUGGCAGAAGGACACAACAAGCAAUUCACUUGUAGCAUUCACUAAAAAAUUACAGGGAUAACGUUUGUUUGAGAUUGGGGGUUCUUUUACAUCAACAAUUUCUAUUUUUAUGAAGUUUCCUUUAGAGAGAUUGAUUUGUGUGAAUGAUACUUAGAGAAAAUACUUUAAAUCCUAAAUAACUUGAUGUGAACUGAAUUUGUUCUGAGGACUAAUUCCAUAAUGCAAAGACAGAGGGGAGUUUAUGCCAAGUGAUAGCAGGAUGUUACCUGUAUGUCCAGUCAAGCUCUUAUAAAGCAAGUUGAAAACUUACUGCAAGCAUUCAUAUAGGAAAUGGGAAGCUCUUUACAAAUUUGCUCUAGGGUGAAACUGGUCAUUUCCCUGCUUUGCUAUAAGCAGGGCAGAAUUGCAUCUGCUUAUUGUGGUGGGAGUGGCACAUACAUAUCUCGCAAAUUCAUAAUUAAUGGGUAGGCCAGGCAACACAGCAAUGGAGCAUAAUAUGGAGCAAUGGAUAAGCAUUCUGACCCCCAGCUUCUGACCACAGCUCUUCCAUUAGCUCCCUGAUUUUGGGCAAGACACAAGAUCAUUCUGGACCUCAGUUUCCCCAGCUGCAAAAUGGGGAUAAUAAUACUUUAGUAUACCUACCUCACAGGAGAGUUGUGAGGUUUACUUAAUAUCUCUAAGUAUUUUGGCAUCACUGGAUGAAAAGUGCUAUGUAAUGCUAAAAUAGUAUUAACUAAAUUAAUUACUUGGAAACUACUUUUGCCCAGUUGGCAAUUCCAUCAACUAAAAUAGCUGCAAAUUAUUUUAUUGAAAGUAACACUAAUAAACAGUUUAGUUGCCUCAGUGAAGACAUGCAGUUUUAGCAUUUUCAAAUGCAAACGCAUUCUUUUGCACAGAUUCACAAAUUACCUUAGAGACAAAUUCUCUCAACAAAGAUACUAAUCUGUCUAUACAAAUAAGAAUAAGAAAAUACACAAGCAAAUCUAGGGGUGGAUUUUGUAAGCUUGACCUCUAGGAUUAAUCUCAAUAGUUUGUUUCAAGCAUGAGUAAUUUUGAAAGAGCAGCAUUCUAAACCAGAUCUAUUUUUUCCUCUUGAGCACUUAAUAGUACAUGAACAAAAAAAAAAAAAAAAAAAUCUUGAUUCACAUCCAGCUAAAGGAUGUGCAGAGAAACCCACUUAGAUGAAGGGAAAAUGUUAUUUUUUUUUCUCCUUGAAACUAAGAUGUUGCUAUCAAAUGUUUUGUUCUGUAUUGAAAUAGUUUCCAUGUUAUGAUAACCACUAGAUCAGUAAAAUAGCACAACCCUUGAUAUAGCUGUAUCAAUGUAUUGCACACCACCAGGUUUGACAAAAAGCUGACUAAAGAUACCAUUAUGAGCAAGUGCUGGUAUUUUCAUGACAGUGCCCUGUUAAAAAUUUUUUAUCCACAUUCAACACUGUAAGGCAAUGCCUUAAGCUUAUGGAUUUUUAGAUUCUACUAAAAAUACACGUGAUCUACUUUAACACAAUUAAUGUCUAUAGGUGUAGCAUAAUAACUCUUAAGAGCAUACUUACGAGAGUUCAGUAUUUAUAUCACUGAUAUGUUCUUAGUCAGAAGACAUAUAAAGUAUUUAAGUAAUACUUAGCAUAUUUGCAAUAAAGAGGAGAACAGAUUUUCCCCCGCACUAACAUGGGGGAAAAGUAAAUAAGGAACACAGUGUGAGGAAGAGCAAAAGCAACACUGCCGUAGUUUGUACUGCCUAAGUCGGAGAUCGCGGAUCCCUCCCAGAGCGGGAUGCAGAUGUGAUCAGGCCUUGGGCACCUCCCUGCACAGGGCUGAAACCUCUCUCCCUAACAAGCUGGUGCCUGGGAAAGGCAGGAGCACCAAGCUCAUGCGAGGGGAGCAUUCCUCUGUCCCUCCCUGCAUGAGGUUUGCUCAUAGGUUUGCAGCACUGGGCCUGGGGCGUUUGCUCCACACUCAAGUCUGUGUAGUUUGUGAGUUGCUGGAAAAAUACAUCUGCAUAAGUCAUGUAUAACAGCUUAUGACCUAUUGGCUUUUAGCUAAUGGCACAGAAGGGACAUUUCUGAAUUUCAAAGGGAAAAUAUAUUUGAUUACAAAAUGUAGAUCUCUUCUAUUCCCUCCCUCCCCUCAAAGGUAAUUCACCUAUAGAUGUAACUAACUUUCCAAAAUUUAAAAAUUCAGAUUUUUGACAGGAAAAAAAAAGGAGUUGAUUUUUCUUAAGUUUUUGUGAAUGCUUCCUGAUGUUCUCUUUAACUAGCUCUACAUUUAGAACAUCAGCUAGCAAUCCUUGAAGGCAUUUGUAGACAGUCUUAGCAGAGGUGAAGCAAGCAUCAACAGAGUUUUAAACCAAAACAGGCCUCCCUAAAUUGCAUAUUCUUUAGGGAUGUACCUGAGAGCAAUCUGGCUCUAUGCAUUUAUUUGGCAAACUGGAUUUUUAACCUCAGAUGCUUGCUGUUGACAGCCUACCAAUCCAUCCAGCACACACUUUCUUUUUUUCGAUUUCACCCCUUUUUAGAGAUUUUUUCAACUUUCAUUUAUUUCUUUACAAAAAAAAAGAAAAAAGAGACAAAGAAACAAAAUGACAAUUUGUUUCAUGAGUUGGUCAGAACAUUUCACGUUGAAUUGUCCUUGGCAUUGGCACUGCUCUGGAGAAAAGUACCAGUAAUUUGAAAUGUGUGUUGUAGGUUAGCUGCUUUAACUUGAUGAGGCUCCAAUGAAGUUGUUACAAAUACUUCAUUUAAUGGUCAUGAAGUAAAAUCCCUGUAGUUCAAAGGAUGGGCCCAUUUUAGCCAGUUUCUACUGCUGCUACCACAAACAUAAAAUGAUGCCACACAAGCAAAGUUUGAGGCCUUUUUGUCUCAAAGUUGCUUUUUGAUUUCAGAUAAAUACACAAGAGUAUAUAUUAUUUCUGAAAAUAGGUGUAUUUUGAAGUUCCCCAUUAUAUGGGACUUAGUUUUUAAACUAAAAAUGUGAAGUUACGUGUGUCUGAGAGAAGCCUUAUACCUAGAAGUAUUAUCUACGUUUUACCUUUUUGUAUAACGUGAAAUUUAGAUUAUACAUGGGUUACAUACUGUGACACUCUAGUUUGUUUUUUUUUAAAAAAAAAAACUACUUAAAAGAUCAAAAGUUAACAGCUUCUGGAAAUGUCAGACUUCCUAGAUUAGUGCUCUUUGUCCUGAAGUCAUGCAGAAGAUUUUUUUUUUCCUAGUUUGGAUCCUGAGAGUUGUCUACUGAACAGUAUGAAAUAAAUCAUCCACACGUGUUUUUCAAGUUAAGUAGAUUGACAUAUAUUUUCCACUUGCCUUUGCCAACAUAUUUUAAAAUGAGAUGGAACUAUCCCCAUACAAAAAUCAUUCUUUCAGAUAUCACUCCACUCCCAACCAGGCUUCAACCCGUAUCUCUUUCCUAUCUGCAAAACCAGUGCUGUCCAUUCAGUUUGUCAUAUCACUCAAGUGCUCAGAGGGCUGUUUGAGAUCUUAGAUAUAGGGAUGAUGGAUUGUGUUUCUAGGAUGAAUUUCAAAGGGACAAUCGUGUGCAGUUACUAGCUAUAGAUGAUUGAUAUAAAUGUUUACCCCUGUAUGAAGUAUUUUACAGUUUUACUUGCAGAUGUGUAUUUAUCUUGAGUUAUACUUGACAUAGAGUUUCUUUCAAUUUUUUUUUUAAUCCUAUGUGUGUAUUUUGGAAACCUUUUUAGAUGUUAAAAUUUUUGAAUGGUUACAAAUAUUUCUUAUAAUACUGAAUUGUUAUCUUAUCUGGAAACUCUUUGCAGUAACUUUUUUGUAUAUAUUUGAGGGCCUUUUUUAAAAAGUAUUGUUUGUUUUUUGGGCAAAGUUUUUAAAAUUUGGAAGCUUUCAGAAGGGCCUUUCUCUCAACUAGGAUACUAACAGAGGUAAGAGUUUUCUUAAAUAUUUUGCAGUAUUUUGCAGAACUAAGGAUGUAUCCUCAAGAAAAUAUUUAUGGAAAUAAUUUACUUUUUUUUUUUACAAUGCUUUUGUCUGUAUAAAGUAUGCAACAGAACUACAUUAAGAAGGAAAUAUUGUCUACAUAAAAUAUUAUAUGAAAGUUGGUACAUAAUUCUGACAAAAAAACCUUGCAAUUCUUUAAGCCAUAUUGUUUUUGUUAUCCUUGGAUGAAAAUAUCAGUAUUAAGUAACCAGUAUAUUAUUCAAGUGCUUAGACUUAUAUGAAAAUGCUUAUACAGUUUAUUUAUGUGUAUUUGGGGAAGGAUUGCUAGAAGAGCUAUCACUAGACAUGUAGCAAGUGAGGAGCAAAUAACAGUAAACUGUCACUUUAUGGCCUUGUGAGAGACACAAAAAACACUGAAAGCACCGCAGAGACGCAGCUUUCAGAAACUCCGAAGCACAAGUGUUGGGUUUCAAAUGGUGGUUCUUUCCUUUCCCAUAACCAGAGGGGAAGAAAGUUGUUUGGGACACUGUUUAACUUGACUUUCACAACUCUUUGCAAACUGUGAGCUCAGCUAUGCAGUAUCGGCUACAGCAAUAAUAUCAAUCAAAGGGUGUAAGAAGAAAAAGAUUGAAGUAGAUUAUUGUAGGGGUUUAUGUUUAUUUUAAUUAGAACUCAUAGCAAUAUAGAAUAUGCAUGUGCACGUAUUCGAAGCAUUUUACACUUUACAUUUCAUGUAGUUUGAUUAUAUUAUGAAGGAUUGAGUUUUUAGUUUGAUAUUUUACCAUGCUAAAAUGGGAGGUCUGCCCAACCCUGUACUGGAUUCUUGUUUUCUUUAAAAGGUUAUUUAGUACAGCACUCACUGCAUUGUCUAAUAGUCCUAAAACUAACACUAUCUUAUGAAUUUCUUCAGCUUUAAAAAAAUUAACCUAAUGAUUAUUACAUUUGUUUAGCUGUACCCACUGACCUUGUCAGAUUCAGUUGGCAAUUUAUGUAAUUUCUUUUUCUGUAACUGUUAAUAAACUUGUACAGCUAAAACAAACAAACAAAACCAAUGGACAAAGGCCUCAGAGGUACCAGUUCUGCUUCAGCAAUCAAGAUGACAGCUUGCUCAUCUGGUGACUGUGUUGCUAAAGAGACUGUAAAACCUCUGUUGUGGAUUGUCCAUAAAAUGGCAUUCCGACAUGUGCCUUAUUUGCUGGAUAGUAUACAGCUUUCUUCUAGUAUUCUAGCAGUUUAAUGCUGUAUUAAAGUACUGCAAAAAAAA